AAGCGUCAUUACAGAUCGAGAUACGGCAGGCGACACAUCUACCUCAAUUUAGCACCGACGCUGCAAGGACGCCGCUUACUGCAACAAGUAUAGCUCACUUCGAACUUCGACAUUAGCUGGAUAGACAAGACGCGCGUAUUUCCUCGUUGCGUGUGUUAUACUCGGCCUAUAUUUUUGAGAACACAUCUUACAAACCGUCUACUCGGAACAGCCGUAGAACGCCGUCAACUUGCCCGUAAGCUCAGUUCCGUUCACCUUUGACCCGCUAGUAGUGCACCACAACGAUCGCCAUGAGCGCCGAGGCAACAAUCCAGAAGAACAACAGAGGCAGCUACAGCGUCACUUUUCGCAACUGUCAAGCUCUGAGUAAAGCCGAAAUCAUGGAAAUCUUCUCCAAGUACGGCCGCGUGCUGUACAUCGGUAUCACCGGCGAAGAGACCGGCUACCGAUUCGUUCACUUCUCCACCGAAGAAGAAGCCAAAAGAGCCGUCUUGCAUGCCAACGAUUACGUCAUCAAGCUGCGCCCGCACAAGUCGAAGCCUCUCGAUAAGGGAGCUCAACGCGCCGUCGGUUGGCUCAAGAAGGAGCCGCAUUGGGAAGAGCCCCUGGAGGUCGACAAGGUGAUCGCGCGUAACGCCGCUGAGAUCAUCGUGGGCAACAUACCCCCGAGCUUCGCCGGAGCCUAUUUGUUGCACUUGUUCGAAAAGUACGUGCCGAUCGCUAUGACGCACGUUAUGGUCGUGGAGAAAACGGGGAUGCGAUACUGCCACGUCUACUUCAGAUCUCAAAAAGACGUUGAGGAUGUUGAACGAGAUUUCAACAACUACUUCUUGGAGGAUAGAUGUCUCAUCGUUGUGCGCCCUAACACGCUGAUGAAGACGAAUGCUAUGAACAGCUGAGAUUCUCUCAUUGGUUCGUGCAGCUAUGACGCUGCUUAUCGAGCCGUUCGCCGUUGCUUACUUUCGAGGACAUCGAAAUACAUCGGCAUUACUAGAUAAAAGGAAAUAGUUACGAAUAAAUAUUAUUAACAUUGUACAGCAGAAAAUUUGUAUAUAUUAAAAUAUAUUUUAAAGUUGAUUUGAAAUUUGUGGAUUUUGGAAUAUUUCCAUAUUGUUGUUGAGAUGUUUCUCCGAAAUAAAUAAAUGUUAAUACUGAGAUGAAA